CUCCUGACACACUCAAUAAAUUCCUUCUUUUUCUUUCCAAAUAUAAAGCGUGUAGCUAUAUACUACAAUACCUGCUGCAUUAUCUUUUUUUUCUUUUCUAACAUGGUACUAAUACAACUAUAGUAUUCCUUUGUUUUGCAAAAUUGAGAACUGAGUAGAUUUUUUUUACAAAUGCUGUGAAUUCUCAUUUGAUUGCAAACAUCUGCGAUUUUAGCAGAUAAAUACACGCAAUUUACUUCAUUGCCAUUUUGAAAAGGUUGCUUUUGCUGCUUUUCUCAUCAUUAUAUGCCAUAAAAAAUGGUAUUGAUUAGACCAUUCAACGACUAACGCUAUCACCCAUCUUUGUCCUAUUUAAAUGACGUAAGUGGUGGAAUUAACAGCCUGAUAAUUGAAAUUUGACAACUCUAAUUUAUCUUAAAUGCUACCUUAUUUUUUGUUACCUGAUAUUGAAAUUGUUCUGACGUCAUUUAGGUUUUAAUUUUACCGACGACCAAAAAUCUCAACUUUAAUUGCCAUAUUUGUACAUCGUGCUUCGAAAUGCUUUUCCCAUAAACUUGUUCAUUAACCCCAUAUUUACCGGGCAAAAUAUCAGAGCAAAAAACCCCACAUUUACCGGGUAAGUUGAAAGCUUCCCUUACGCUAAAAAGCCUCAUUAUUGAGUUACCACUUAUGGUAUGGAUUCCUUCGAGAUUAAAUACGAGUCGUUGGCUUCCAUUGGAAUCGGAUGCUACUCCGAGGUGUUCAAAGUCAGGAGCCGAGCCCACGACGACUCCCUGUUUGCGGCCAAGAAGAUCCCAGUGAAGUAUCUGAACUGUGCGGACUCCACUCUUCUCAAGGAGAUCGAGAUCCUCAAGAUGAUCACUCACUCCAACAUCGUAUCCCUACUAGACUACGCAGCUUCAAACGACUUCAUCUAUUUGAUCAUGGAAUUGGCAGAAGGUGGUGAUCUGUUCGAGAGGAUAGUGUCCACGGGGAAGUUCUCUGAGGCAGACACGAGGAGGAUCACGCGACAGAUGGUGGACGCAUGUGCCUACUUACACAGCAUAGAUGUAGUUCAUAGAGACCUGAAGCCUGAGAACGUGCUGUUCAAGUCAAAAGAUGCGUCCUCUCCAAUCAUGAUAACCGACUUUGGUUUGUCUGCCUUGUACACUAAUGAUAAGAUGCUCAAGACAGCCUGUGGUACUCCAGGGUAUGCUGCACCUGAAGUGCUGCAAAGAGUACCCUACAAUGAAAAGGUUGACAGUUGGUCCAUAGGAGUCAUUACGUACAUCCUCCUAUGUGGGUACCCUCCUUUUUACAACGAAGAAGACAGCGACGUUUUGUUACACCAGCAAGUGCUCGACUGUGACUUCAAGUUCCACAGCUCCUCCUGGGAUCACAUCUCCACCGAGGCCAAAGAUUUCAUCAGACUCCUUCUAGUCAAAGACUUCCAAGCUAGAUUAUCAUGUACAGAUGCCUUGAGAAACACCUGGUUGCAGAAACAACCGGAUUCCCAUACGCUUAGCAGUCCCGAACAUUCAAAAGAUACUGAAGUUUCAGGUGAAAAGGGUUCGACUACGCCUGGAAUAUGCGAAGGAAUUGCAGAAAAUUCGGAAAAAGAAAGUCCAAAUGUUGGUUCGAGUAGUCAAAGCAAUGGACUUUUGGCACCCUCGGAAAGCAUUGGAGAUCGAAGACAUUCCUCAGGGAGUCAGUGGCAAAAAGCGAUGGAUUUUGUAUCUGCAGUUGAAAACUCUUUUAAAUCUCUUAAUUUGCUGUGAUGAUUUUUGCGUGAUGUGAUGCAAUAAAUUGAUUUAAAAAAGCCCAAUUGCUUAAAUCAGUAUGUUCACUUUUACUGACUGAUUCAGUUUUUUUUUCAUACAUUGCAGCCUGUAAUCAUCAUAAUUUUUUCAAGCAAAGCCUGUUUAGAAGCUGCUUGCUCAGCAGAGU